CUUUCUGACCUUUAAUCUUUUUCAGGAUUUGGAAUAAUGAAAGAAGAAACUAAAGGCACUGGAAAUCAGCAGGUCAUCAGUGUCUGGGUUCGAGACCCACGGAUACAAAAGAAUGACUUUUGGCACGCCUUCAUAGACUAUGAGAUUUGUUUGCAUACCAACAGUGUAUCCUUCACCAAGAAGACAUCAAGAGUAAGGAGAAGAUAUAGCGAGUUUGUCUGGCUCAGACAGAAACUACAGGCAAAUUCACUCCUAAUGUUACAACUACCACAGCUUCCACCCAAAAACCCUUUUUUUAGUCUAAACAACGCCCAGCAGGUUGCAGAUCGGAUGAAAGGACUCCAGACAUUUCUGGAAAAAAUCCUGCAGAGCAAUCUGGCACUUUCAGACAGCUGUCUGCACCUCUUCCUUCAGUCCCAGCUGAGCGUUUCUGAAAUAGAGGCCUGUGUUUCUGGAAAGACAAGCUUUUCUGUGGCUCAGGCCGUCCAUAACAGCAGCCUGAGGAGAUUUCACUCAGAGGAGGACCUGCGAAAGGACCUUACCGUGUCCUGUGACUCUGACUCAGAUAGCUCAGAAUGCAGAGAUUCAAGGCACCAGAAUAAGGACUUGGCAUUGAACAAAUCGAAGAGUGCAGUCACCCUUGAUCUAACAGGGACCUGCUAAAAGGAGAUGCUUAGCUGCUCGUCUGAUUCUACACAAAAACAGAGGACUUUGGGCGAGAAGCUUGAGUCUGUCUACCUGAUUCUCAUCCAUCUCUCUGGAUUUGCAAUAGCUAAAAGAGAAAGCUAGAUGUUACCCUGCCUGGCAACACAUUUUCAACAUUGUGAAAUUCAAACACAUUGAACAAAAUCAAUGAUUAAUUCCAUAUGUGCUGUAAAGAAUGGCUUACAAAGGUAUUUAUAACCCUUGAAAGUCUGUGUUUAGUGUUGUGACCUCCAAUCUCUGUAUAUUUUAUUGAUAUUUAAUGUAGUACAUCAAGAAAUUUCAGGAUGUAAUUGUGAAAUGGAAGGAAAAUAAUAACUGGUUUUCAACUUUUUUACAAAUAAAAAUUUGAGGUGAUUGUGUGAGUGUAUCCAGCCCUAUUUACUCUGACAACCUUAAAAAGUUCUAACGUAACAAAAUGUUUAGAGCGGGGCUAGGUUGAAAAUAUACAUGUACAGGAAAAUAUAUGACAGGAAAAAUAACAAAUAAUAAUAAUUAAAAAAAAAUCCAACAAAUGUACCAUCUCCAUAGUGAAACAUGGUGGUGACAACCCAAAACCUCUGCAGCAGGAACUGGAUAGGGCUGUGUAUGCUCCCGCAGCAGUGUGUCGCAGUUAGCUUGUCGUAGCUAUGACGCAGAUAUUUGUGAUUUAUGCCCAAUUUUUAAACGGUUUUUGUGCUAUGUUAUUCCAUGCCGCAACACAAGAGGGACAAUCCCAAACUAGCUAGGAUUGUGGGUGUCUGUGUGUCGGUUUUGCCGUCUACAACACCUCAUCCAACGCCAGACGACACACAGUUCAUCCGUGAGUGUUCCCAAAAGACUGGCCGUGGCGCUGCAUGUUUUGGCUUUGGGUGCAAACCAACAGACAGUCUCACAGAGCUACAAACUAGCAUCCUGCACGGUGUCUGGGAUAGUGUCCUAGGUGUGCCAGCCAUUGUGGAUGGCACUACAGCCAGAGUUUCUGCCAUUACGUACCAAACAGGAAAUACGCAUAGUGUAGAGUGGAUGUGAAAUUGACCAAUCAGAGGCCUCCUGUCUGCGGCACUAUCUGCU